UGAAGGGGAAACAAACCUGAGGAAAAUGCCGCAGCUGAACAGCGGUGGAGGGGAUGAUCUGGGGGCGAACGAUGAAAUGAUCUCCUUUAAGGACGAAGGGGAACAGGAGGAGAAAGCCUCCGAGAACGCUCUCACAGAAAGGGACUUAGCAGACGUGAAGUCAUCGUUAGUCAGCGAGUCGGAGACUAACCAGAACGUGAAUCCUGCAUCCGAUCUAGGGGCGAUCAGACGCUCACAGGACAAUCAAAGAAUUUACCAAGACAAAUCCAGAGGUCACAUCGAUGACGCUUUGAAGCAGCGUCAAGAUGGAGGGACAUUCAAAGGGUCAGCCUACUCGGGGUAUCCCCACUUUCUGAUGCUCCAGGACCCCUACCUGUCUAAUGGACCCCUUUCUCCAUCUUCAAACAAGGUUCCUGUGGUGCAACCAUCCCAUGCUGUCCAUCCCCUCACACCUCUCAUCUCCUACAGCAAUGAGCACUUUGCGCCCAGUUCGCACUCACCACACCUUCCAGCAGAGAUCAACCAAAAAUCAGGUUUGCAUCGGUCACCACAGGGUCCUGAUCUGGCUGCUUUAUAUUCUCUGUCUCCUGGUACUGCAGGACAGAUCACCCCGACAAUAGGCUGGCAAGGUCAGUCUGUCUAUCCAAUUACAUCAUGUGGAUUUAGACAACCUUACUCUUCACCGCUUCCACCCAGCACUUCCAUAUCCAGGUUUCCUCAUCCUCUGGUGUUGGGUCCUCCAGGCAUGCACUCUACAGGGAUCCCCCAUCCUGCUAUUGUGAGUGCUUCUGGCAAACCAGACAUGACUCAAUACGACAGUGGACUGCGAUCCAUGAAACCUAAUCCUGAACCAAAAAGGGAAAAAGAAAGUAAAAAGCCUACUAUCAAAAAACCCCUCAAUGCAUUUAUGCUUUACAUGAAAGAAAUGAGGGCGAAAGUUGUAGCUGAGUGCACUCUGAAGGAGAGUGCAGCCAUCAACCAAAUCUUGGGUAGAAGAUGGCAUGCUCUCUCCCGUGAAGAACAGGCAAAGUACUAUGAAUUGGCAAGGAAAGAACGACAACUACACAUGCAACUUUAUCCAGGCUGGUCUGCCAGGGAUAACUACGUGGUGACCCCACGGGUGUCGGGAGCCCUCAGUGCCUUACCAAGUGGCUAUUCUUCACGUGAGGGUAAAAAGAAAAGAAGGAAAAGAGAAAAACAGCAAGACUCUGAUCCAGAUCCAAGCUCUCCUAAGAAAUGCCGGGCACGCUUUGGCCUUGACCAACGGACAGACUGGUGCGGCCCUUGCAGGAAGAAAAAGAAGUGCAUUCGAUACUUGCAAGGAGAAGCCAGGUGCUCCAGCCCAGUUUCUUCAGAUGGAAGUGUGAUGGACUGUCCUUCCCCUCCUUCUAAUGCACUCCAACCUUCAGCAGAAACUUCAGCCACGCUUGCUAACUCUUCAGACAUAGCGCAACCAGCACAGCCAAAUACAGUCUCUUUCUCUGCUCAUUCCCAGCCUAACACAAAUCUAACUGGACUUUCUAUACCCUCUACACUGGACUCUCAUCUAUAUAAUAGUGCUUUACUGAACAUCCCAAAUCAGCAUGCAAUGACAAGAUAAUGGGCAACUUCAACCAUGCUGACUAAUUGAAUAGUAGCAUCCCAGCACUUGAGUGUGGAGAUUCCAUGAUGCCUCUAACCAGGCCCAACCAGUGUAGUGUACAUUCAAAGAACAAGCAUUCUGAAUUUUGAUAUCCUAUCAAGACACACAACAAAAUCUGAUUCUGCUCUUUCAAAAUUAUCCAACGAGGAACAUUGGACAAUAGAAACAAGUUGUCAUUUAAGCGUUCCUGUCAGUCUUUAUCAUGAUUGUUCCAUCUGUGAUUGAGUUCAAAAACUAUUGUAAUAAUCAAACAGUUUAUUUAUAGUCAUUUAACCAAAAAAAACAGGCUAUUUCAUAGUUAGCACUUUUAUCUAGGGCCCCUGUUUAUCUUUGUAUAUACCACUAUAUAUAAACACAUUACUCCUUCACACUUUUCUGUGGCGGGGUAUGCUGUUUCUUUUCUCCUCCUUUAGCAAUGGAAGCAGUUUAUAUAUUUGGAGCUUAUAAAUUCAUCCAACCAUGGAAAUCUUUCAGUAAUUAGCACUGAAGGAAAAAACUUCAGAAUCUCUCCCUGAAACCAAGAGCUGUCUAAUUUGAUGUUUUCAGCACUAACUAGAUCAGUUUAAUAAGCAUUAGUUUGUAUCAGUCCUAUGAACCACAAAAUCUUAUGUAGCUGCAAUUUGUCUAGGGAGCAUUAUUUCUUUAUAGACAGGACUUAUUAAUAAUUGCCCUUUAAGGAAAGGUGAAUAUAGAUGCUACUUUCUCCAAAUGGUUUUGUUAGUUUAGGGUAUGAUCCCAGCUCCCAUUUACACUCAGCAACAGGAUAUAUAUUCCCUUCACUAAAUAUGAUAUUGAACAAGACAACAGGGAGAUAACAAGCUUUGAUAUUAUAGUGGACAAGGCUGUACCUAAUUUCUGCUGACCAUUUUUGUAAUGCCUAGACUAGAGAUUGACAGCAUCUAACUUGAUUACUUUUUAUAUUUCUUAACAUUUAGAAGUUUACUAUUGAAAUGUGAUGCAAUUUGAUGGACCUACAAAUAUUGUUUUUGUUUGAGCUUCUGGUUUCUAAUUUUUAUUUAAGUUCAGUAAAUUAGAAUUUUUUUGUUAAUUAUGAAUUUUGGAUGCAUUACUUCCACAGCUACAUACUGUCCCAUUAAAUUUGUAAAUCUUUGCUGUGUGGUAAUCAAAUAAAAAAUCUACAGUGAAUGAAGCCUCAAGGUUUAAAGUAGAAGGGAGGUGACCCAUCUCAGUAUCUCAAUGCCUAUGAGUGUUAAUUAAAUUUGGAAAAGGGCCUGUGAAAUUGUCCCAACCUACUAAAAUCCACCCUUCUAAGUGAAAUUCAGAUAUAUUAAUUUGCAUGAUAGUCAGCAACAGUGAAUAUCCAAGAGUUUAUUCCUCCUUUCCCCAACAUGCUGUGUGCCAAGGCUAGUACUGUUGAAGAGAAGCAUGACAUCAGAACCCUCUAGCCUUAUCACCAGGGAUGAACUGGCUCAGUUAGAAAAUGGGGGAUCUCAUAGGGUUACAUAAUUGAUGCUUUCCUCUCCCCAUGAAAUUUCUUACAUCAUUUUAGGGGAAUCAGUUCUCCCCAUCUGUACCUACUCAGCUCAGAGGAAUCUUUUGCUUUUCCUUCAAUAACUCCUUCGGCUAAUCAGCUGCACAAGGGAAGGGCACAUCAAAUUAUAUGGUAAAAAUGUUAUGUUGUUCUUAGAUGAGGUUCUAUUGGUAAAGAAAAGCAUUGAGAAAUAACAGUGUCAUACUAAUUCACAGGGGUUGCUUUCCUUAAGUUCAGAUUAUGGCAUUUUGUUGGAAAGGAGAGCUUUACCCUACAGCUUGCACCAAACAAUAGCUAUAUGAAGUUAAAUUAUAGCACCACUGUGGAAUUUGCUAGGUCUCAUUUAAUGUAGCAGUCCUUAUGGGAAAGCGAACGAGCUCUGGAUUUGGACCCAAACCUGACACUUGUCCAACUUCUCCCCCUUUCCACAUGUUAAAGUUUAUAUAUAAACUAAGUGAAGAGUAAAAUGAGUCAAUAAAGAUAUUUUUAUUUGAAGUAUAGCAUAUGAAAACAUUUAUUUUAAAUAAUAAUUGCUUUCUAUGUAUAUUACAUUGGUUGAUGGGUCUUUCCAUUGUUAAUAAAAGACUGCUUUGCAGGCAGUUAAAAACUAGCAUUUAUACUGUCAAACAGAUAAAUGAGGUCAAUAUUUGACCUGGAUGUUACUUUUAUGAAGCCCUGAAAUGUUCAAACAAUCGCAUAGUUUUAUUGUUAUUAUUUCAUUUUCUUGCCUAUUUGUAUAAAAAAUUCAAAAACAAAAAAAAAUAUAAAUAUGAAACUUGCUUUUGCUUUUCUGUGUGUGUAUUUCAGGCUGUUGUAAUAUUUUUGAGUUAUAUUUUUAGGGGGAAACAUAAAAGUAGAAAUAUAGACAGGGUUUUAUAACAGUGUAAUAUUUCAUAUUUCUGAUUGAAUAUUGUUUCACCCUCAGUGACGAGAGCAACAAAACCUUGUCAGCAUCUUUAUAUUCACACAAGAUUUGUUUGCAUUUUUGUAGAAAACUGCUUUCAGGGACAUAGAUGUAUCCCCUUCAACAACGUAAUUACAGUUCAAUCAAAAUGCCAGUAACACAUGGUCACAUCCAUGUUGAUAAUAACCAAAAAUUGUAAGUAACCAGAAAAGAUUAUUAAGUCAUUGAAAAUUGUACUAUUUGCUGAAAAAAAUAAAAAAAAGUAUUUUGGUUGAAA